CCUAGAAAUGUGGUUAAUCCAUACGAACCUCCUUACAAAUUGAACUUUGCAGGAUCAUCAAUAUCUAAUGUUGAGUACAAAGACUAUUUUGGAAACGUGGCAUGGCUUAAUUUGACAAAUAAUAAUAUAGAAAGCAUUUCACCGACAGCUUUGCCUGCAAUUCUCAACAUUCCCAAAGUUUAUCUCCAGUCCAACAAGCUAACAACUUUGCCUGUGUUGCCACAAAAUUGCAUCAAUCGCCUAACUAGCAUUGAAGAAAUAGAGAUAACUAACAACUUGCUCGAAAGAUUAGAUGAUGGCACGUUUGAUGACUAUUUUGGAAACGUGGCAUGGCUUAAUUUGACAAAUAAUAAUAUAGAAAACAUUUCACUGACAGCUUUGCCUGCAAUUCUCAACAUUCCAAAAGUUUAUCUUCAAUCCAACAAGCUAACAACUUUGCCGUUUUAUUUUGGGAUCAUAACAACCACGGAAUUGACUCUGGACAACAAUCCUUGGGAUUGCAGUUGCGGUAAGGUGUGGUUCAAACAUUGGCUGAAGUCAUUGAAAGAUAGA